GUGACGUCAGAGCAGGAAGUGAAGCCCGUCUCUGUCCUGACAGCAAUGCGCUGCUCCUGCUACAACAACAACUGACAUUGGCGGCCGUCUGAGCCGCAGAGAGCAGCGGGUGAAUGUAUCUGCGGACAGGUCGUGUGUGUGCUGAAGCCCCGGAUGUGUGUGUGGCGUCGGCGGAAAUGACCCUGAGAUGACUCAGCAGUGGCUUGGACAUCGAUGAUUCAACAGAAGAUGAGGCGUGCUCUGUUUGUCCGACUCGUCAUUGCUUGUUAACAUAGCUACAUAAACCACACUGACAUGGACACUACGCUAUAGGAAAUCAUGCUUUUUGCAAACUGAAGUCACUAAAAUACUUUUUUGUCUAAAUUAUUAUUAUUAUUAUUAUUAUUAUUAUUAUUAUUAUUAUUAUUAUUAUUAUUAUUAUUAUUAUUAUUAUUAUUAUUAUUAUUAUAUUAUUUUGAAUGGGUUUUUGCUAGUUUUCUGUGAUAAAAUGUCCCUGGCUGAGCAGUCUCAGAAGUGGUUUCCAACCCAUGUCCAAGCCACCGUUCUUCAGGCGUCUGGUUUACAGCCCAAAGGCAAAAAUGGCACCAACGAUGCCUACACCAUCAUCCAGCUGGGGAAGGAGAAGUACUCCACGUCAGUGGCGGAGAAGACGGCCGACCCCGUCUGGAAGGAGGAGGCGUCCUUUGAGCUGCCCGGUCUGCUUCUGGAGGGGAACCCCGAAGUGUACGUGCUGUCGCUCACAGUGAUGCACCGCUCAUUGGUGGGGAUGGACAAAUUCCUGGGCCAGAAGACGAUCAACCUCAACGAAAUGUUUGAUAACAAGCAACGAAAGAAAACCGACUGGUUCUCCUUGGAGUCCAAGCCGGGGAAGAAGAAGAAGGACCGGGGUCGGAUCGAGGUCAGCAUCCAGUUCAUGAGGAACAACAUGACGGCCAGCAUGUUCGACCUCUCCAUGAAGGAGAAGCCGCGCUCGCCUUUCUCCAAGCUGAAGAACAAGGUGAAAGGUCGUAAAAAUGACGGCGGGGGUAGCUACGGCGACACGUCUUCGGCCAUCUUGCCCCGCUCUGUCGUUUGCGACUUGGAGUCGAGCGGCCGGCCGGCGGCGGCGGAGACGAAGCCGGAACCGAAGGCGAAGCGGCCGCUGCUGUCCGGGGCCCAGAAGCUGUCAGCGGCCCACUCCAUGUCCGACCUCAUCGGGAACCACUUCCGACCCAAACUGGACUCCAUGAACUCCAUCGAAGAGAGCGGAAGUACAGGUGGCCCUCACCGGCGUUCCCAGAGUGAGGUGCCUGGAUACCAGGACGGAGAAGCACACAGUGACCCUUUCACUGAUAUCAGUGACACCCUGCCACAGAAGUAUGCCACGCUCCCACGCAACCGCAACCCGUUUGAGGGCGAGCGGGGGCAGCAGCCGUGGGAGCGGGCGGAGCGGAGGGAGAAAAAGGAGAAGGUCAGCCUGCUGGAACGUGUGACGGGGAAGAAGGAGGGCCGCAGGGCCGGCAACGGGGGCCGAUCCGGAAGCUCCGGAGACCUGCGCUCUCCCAACCCGUUCAGCGCCGACGCCGCGGCCGACACCAACCCGUUCAGCUUCAGCUACAAAACCAGUGACAACAAGCAGACGGGAAACGAGGACGGCCUCUUUGGGCAGAAGAGGAAGGACAUUUUUGGCAAAAAAAAUGUGGCGCCACCUGACACGGCAGCCAACUACAGCAACCUGACCUUUGACGAGGUCGUCCAGGAACUCAUCAAGCAGAAGGAAGUGGUCCGGAAGAAAGACGCGCACAUCCGGGAGCUGGAAGACUACAUCGACAACCUGCUGGUCCGCGUCAUGGAGGAGACGCCCAGCAUCCUACGGACUCCCUACGAGCCCAAAAAGAAGGCCGGUAAACUCUCAAAAAAGAAGAGCUAAAAACAAACACUGGAAGAAAAGUCGUUAAUAAAGGUUCAGAAGGAGA